UUCCAGUUUCAAACACUCCUAAUUUCAUUUCAAUUCCCAAUUCUUUUUUCUAGGGCUUGCUUUUCUUCUUCUUCUUCUUCUUCUUCUUCCAAGCUCUCUUCUUUACCAUUUCUGUAAACAUCGUUUAAAUCUGCAAGCCAUGGACCCGCAAGAGCAGGACGCAAUUGCUGGUGGAGAAACCGACCACAACGGAUAUGAGAUUAAGUCUCAAUCUCACACUGGAGACGGAGCUAGUCCUGGAAAAAUUUUCAUUGGAGGUUUAGCCAGGGAGACUACUUCUGCUCAAUUUGUCAAGCACUUUGGUAAAUAUGGUGAAAUUACUGAUUCUGUUAUAAUGAAGGACCGGAAGACUGGACAACCUCGUGGUUUUGGGUUUGUGACCUAUGCAGAUCCCUCAGUUGUUGAUCAAGUUAUACAGGACACACAUAUUAUUAAUGGGAAACAAGUGGAAAUCAAGCGAACGAUACCAAAGGGAGCUAUUGGAUCUAAGGAUUUCAAGACCAAAAAGAUUUUUGUUGGUGGAAUUCCAACAGCUGUGACUGAAGAUGAGUUCAAAGAAUUCUUUAUGCAAUAUGGUGAGGUCAUUGAACACCAGAUCAUGCGGGACCACUCUACCAACCGCUCCCGUGGCUUUGGAUUUAUUACAUUUGACUCGGAGGAGACAGUGGAUGAUCUUUUGGCCAAAGGGAAUAAGCUUGAGUUAGCUGGAACUCAGGUGGAGAUUAAGAAGGCAGAGCCAAAGAAGCCCAAUGCUGCACCACCCCCUUCUAAGCGUUAUAAUGAUUCCAGGCCUGCAUUUGGUGGUGGAUUUGGUGAUGCAUAUGAUGGAUAUGGAGGCAGUGGCUUUGGUAGUGGUGGUGGUGGUGGUGCUGCUUAUAGGUCUGGUGGAGUCUAUGGAGGUAGAGCUAGCACUUAUGGUGAAUAUAAUGGGGGUGAAUUUGGUGGAUAUGGUGGAUAUGGGGGUGGUGGCAUUGGAGCUUAUAGAGGGGAGCCCUCCUAUGGAUAUUCCGGUCGUUAUGGAGGAGGCUUUAGCAGGGGUUAUGAUUUACGAGGUGGUUACGGUGGCCUUGGUGAGGGUUAUGGUGGAUAUGGUAGUGGCAGUGGCAGUGGCAGUGGCAGUGGUGGCGGAUAUGGCAGUGGCGGUGGUGGUGGAUAUGGCAGUGGUGGUGGAUAUGGAGGUGGAUAUGACACUGGCCUCGGGGGUGGGUAUGGAGGUAGCAGUGGAGGUUCCUUUUAUGGAAGUAGAGGGGGAUAUGGUGGUGCGGGUAGUGGUAGAUACCACCCUUAUGGGAGGUAGAAGGCUCUUGUGGAAAGAUUUUUGGGAUUGAAGUGCAACGGCCAAGUGAAGUUGUUGUCACAACUGUAAUGUUUGAGCUAGUUGUCAAAUUCUGUAGCUUGUGCUCUUAGGUCUUUUUAGUUUGGCAAGUUGGUGCCUGGGAUUUUUUCACUGAAUGUUCAAUCAUCUAGGCGAUCUUUUUUAAUUUUUUAAAUUUGAAUAGCACCCAUGAAUUACAAAUUGUGGAGAUGUACCCUCACUCUGAUUCUUAACGGACACCUGGAAAUACAGAUUGAGAAUUGGUAUUUACCCAUUUUUAUUCUCA